UCCCAAGCAGUAGUACACGGCGAAGACCAGAGACAUCGUAAAUUCGUCAACCACGCCUUUCUCGUUCACGUCGGUGGCACCAGUCUACAGAUCCACCAGCGUCUACGCGCGGCUAGUCACUGUCUGGUUUCGCCGGUUCCGAUUCUCCUUGCGCAUCUUGCUCUGGAGUCACGCAGUUGUAGUCCGAACCGCGGCUUUGAUCUCCGGAUCUGAUCUAUUCUUGAAAGCCAGUCUCUCGAAUCUCGGAACUCGAAUUCACCGAAUCUACAGAAGCUCAGAUUCGCAAAUCCCCAGAUUCGCGGGUCAGAAUGGCGCUAGCGUCGGGGUUUGGGCUGCAGUCGCUGCUGAAGGAGGGGCACAAGCACCUGACGGGGCUGGAGGAGGCCGUGCUGAAGAACAUCGAGGCGUGCAAGCAGCUCUCGCAGAUCACGCGCACGUCGCUCGGACCCAAUGGCAUGAACAAGAUGAUCAUCAACCACCUGGACAAGCUGUUCGUGACGUCGGACGCGGCGACCAUAGUGGCGGAGCUGGAGGUGCAGCACCCCGCGGCGAAGCUGGUGGUGCUGGCGGCCAAGGCGCAGCAGGAGGAGGUGGGCGACGGCGCCAACACCGUCGUCUCGCUCGCGGGGGAGCUGCUGGCGGGGGCGGAGGAACUCAUUCGGUCGGGGCUUCAUCCGAGCGAGAUCAUUGCAGGAUACGCCAAGGCUACUGACAAGGUGCUGGAAGAAAUCGAGACGCUAGUGGCGGAGGGCAGCGACAAGGUGGACGUGAGGGACAAGACGGAGGUGGAAAAGCGGCUCGUGGCGGCUGUGGCCAGCAAGCAGUUCGGCAGCGAGCCGGUCUUGUGCCCGCUCAUCGCUGAUGCGUGCAUGCAGGUGUGUCCCAGCAACCCCAACAACUUCAACGUGGACAAUGUGCGAGUGGCCAAGAUACUUGGAGGGGGGCUGUACGAGUCCAAGGUGGUGCGCGGCAUGGUGCUCAAGACAGACGCCACCGGCACCAUCAAGCACACCACCAAAGCUAAGAUCGCGGUGUUUGGAUCCGGAAUCGACACGCAAGCCACUGAGACCAAGGGCACUGUGCUGAUCGAAAAUGCAGAGCAGCUGGAGAACUAUGCCAAGUCAGAGGAGGCGCGUGUGGAGCAGGCAAUACGGGAGGUGGCGGAGUCAGGGGCGACGGUGGUGGUGAGCGGGCAGACGGUGGGCGAGAUGGCUCUGCACUUCUGCGAGCGAUACAAGCUCAUGGUUCUAAAGAUCUCUUCCAAGUUUGAGCUUCGACGGUUCUGCCGCACCACCAGUGCCGUCUCCCUUGUGAAGCUGCAGAAGCCUACAGCGGACGAGCUGGGCUUUGCAGACUCGGUUUCCGUGCAGGAGAUAGGAGGGACGACGGUGGUGGUGGUGGAAAACGAGUCAGGAGGCAACCUGGUGGCGACGGUGGUGCUGAGGGGCAGCACGGACAGCAUUCUGGACGAUGUAGAGAGGGCGGUGGACGAUGGCAUCAACACGUACAAGGCCCUGUGCCGUGACAGCCGGGUGCUGCCUGGGGGAGGUGCGACUGAGAUCGAGCUGGCCAGGCGCCUCAAGCAGUUUGCGAGAACACAAGUGGGUCUGGAUCAGUAUGCCAUUGAGAAGUACAGCGAGGCUCUGGAGGUGAUCCCGCGCACACUGGCAGAGAAUGCCGGGAUGGACGUCACUGAGAUCCUCUCCGCUCUCUACGCCGCCCACUCCGGCGGGCCAGAUGGCACGGGCGGCAAUUUCCGUGUGGGAGUGGAUGUGACGGGCGCGGGUGUGAGGGACCUCACUACCGACAAUAUCUGGGACCUAUACGCCACCAAGUACUGGGCCAUCCGUUUUGCUGCUGACGCGGUGACCACGGUUCUUCGAGUGGACCAGAUCAUCAUGGCCAAGGUGGCUGGCGGUCCUCGCCGAGGCGACAGGCCAAUGGACGAGGGAGAAGACUAGCACGCAUGGUUGUGGUCGUCGUACCGCCACGCCACCACCAUUUCUCCAUCAAAUUAGGUUUAGGUUCAGCACCUAACCACCCCAACAUCUCUGAAACAGCUUGUGAGUCAUGUUAAACCUGUCAAACAUAUUUGUGUAUGUUUAGUAGACUACAUAGGGUCUUGCCAUAGAGAGUACAACCUUCUAGCUAUAUACUCCUGAAUACUCUCACUAAAUCUUUCUAACUCUGAGAUGGUAUCAUGAGUAGGUUAGGUCCCCCCCGCCCACCCGCACUCCCGCCUUAGGUCCUAGCCUACCCCGUCGCCUAGCUCCUAGCCGCCAGGGCUCUGGCUAAGGUUUGGGGAAGCCUUUCUAGUCAGGGCCAGGCCCCCCCCUACCCUUGGGCAUCAGGGUCGACACAAAGCCUACCCUAGUUUUUACAGGGUGUUUUGGACAUUCACCCUUUCUUGUCAGGGUGAUUACAACAUAAACUCUAUCCUCUAUUGUGGCCCGGGGUGUUAAGUGUUUUUGCCUUGCAUGUAGCCAAAUCAUUAGUAACAUAA